AACCCAUAGAUACGUCUAACCAUACUUCUGAUAUACAGCCUAACAGGUGGAUCUAGUAGUACAUUCUAGGAUGACACUGUGUGCUUUGUAUGGUUUCUCAAUUUUGUAUAAAAUAUCCCUGCUCUACCCCAAUAGCUAGAGUAGUAUAGCACUUAGACAAUAGGCCCUGGUACAGUAUUGUGCAUUGGCUCAUAAAGAGCAGUUUAUAAGGCAUGGAUAGAAAGGGAUCACUGGAUUCUGCUACAGCUAGUGGAAAAACUAUAAUACUCAAGAGACCAAGAUCAAGUUCAAGGUCAAGAUCUGCUUCUCCUUCUCACAUUAGCUCAAAAGAAAAACCAAUACAGAGUCAAGCUUUAGUGGAAAGUUCUGAGUCUUUAAGUACACUACAAGUACCAGAGAGACACACACCCCAGCCAACUGAGCGUUCUGUAACACCUCCAUCACCAUCAGUCUCACCUCAACUCCCUCCAUUGUAUGAGCAACCACUUCCAUUAGUAAUUGUUCCUUCAGUAGAUGAACCUCCUCCAGAGCAGGAGCCACCACCACAGAAACCUUCAACUUCUCCAUCUCCACCAACAGGAUCCCCUUCAUCUCGGUCUCCCUCACAAAGAGUUUCAUCUCCUUCUCCAUCACCAGGGCCUUCCCCUCCACCUCACUAUGAGCCAAGGUCUCCACAAUCCUCAGAGCCUUUCAGUUAUGUAAAGCCAGUCUCAUCAUCACCUCCAAGAGGGCCAUCACCACCAAUUGAAAAAGAACAUGAUAGUGAAAUGACUCCGUUGGUCGGUGACAACCAAGCCACAUCAGUUCAAGAAACAAGCAGUUUUGAAAGGAUGGCACCGUCAGUGAGGAAGAGAGCUACCAAGACACUUAAAUUUAUAGUGAAACACAUUGAAGUAGCUAGAAAAGGAUACGACUCAAUUGAUGCCCAAGAGCAAAAGUCGGCAGGAAAGAGAAUCAUUCGAGGCAUAACAGAUCCACAAAAAAGCAUCAUAAAGUAUCCAGGGAAGCUAGAGGCCCCACCAAUGUCUAAAAGCCUUAAAGAAAGUUCAGAAAUGGGCUCACUGAUGUCUCGUAAGUUUCUCUUACCUGGUAUGCCAAAGGUCAUUGGUGAUAUCUGGGUCUUCAUUGAGCUCUUUAUCACACUGUUUCAGCUAUUCUUCUCAUUAGUGAACACACAAUAUGCAUCAAAUAGACUCUUCAAUGGGAUCUAUAUUGUACUAGCUUCAACUAACACUGUGCUGGCAUGCAUCGAUACUUUCUUAUACUUCUAUGAGCUGGAGACAUGCAAGUUUUGUUAUAGAAAGUGUACAAGAAGGGGAAAAGAGGAUGAAGAUGAAGAUGACGAUGAUGAAAUAAGCAAGGUUAACUUGUGCUGCUUUUGUCCAUGCUUCCAAACCCCAGGGAAGUGGGCAAAGAAAUUUAACGAGUGGUUUGAGCUAGCACGUACAAUCCUAGGAGAACUACUCAUCUAUCCACUGGUUGUUCUUGAUCUGUUUGAGCUACUCGGAGGCGGAACAUUCCAUCCCACCAACUCACAAGCUAGAGUUAGCUUUACCUUGUUCCUCAUUGGCAGCUUCUAUCUUGUACUAUCAGUGUACAUUGGGCGGACGCUAAUGUCCGUAGCCACUAUUAGAAGCAUUCGUGGAUUGUCUUCGCUGACAAAAAACGACAGCAGUUACACGCGAGUCGUUGUGCGAUUCUUAUUUCACGUCAUCGGGCAGGUUUUUGUUCAUCUAAUGUGCGUUGUGUCGGUAGGGAUCAAGAUAUGGCAGGAGGACAGUGAUGUUAAUGGAGGGACAUAUGUUGCUACACCGUUCCUAUGGGCAGUCAUCAUUGGUGGCUGGAGUCUCCCAUUCAUGGGUGUAGUGUCUUACUUUGUUAUCAACUACUAUUGGCUACAGUCAUUUUCAAUUGGUUUAUUCAUUGACAUGAUUGGCUUGCUAGAAGAGCCAGGCUUUGCAGAGAUUGCAUUCCAGGGUAAAAACACAGUGGCUGAGGAUGCUAACGAGAAGGCUCAGAAAUUAUUACAAGACUUGAAUUAUAGUGAAGUCAAAACAGAAGCCAAACAAAGAGAGGAAGCAACCAGUAUAGUAGCAAAGAUAGUGUAUCCACUCAAAGUCCCCAUAUUCUUAUGCUAUGCUAUCCUAUAUGACGUGAUGGUUGGCGGGUUUGUUGCAAGCUUGCUCCUCGACUAUGACAAAGAUAAUAAUGUUGUACUCAUCGAGCUAACAAGUGGGACUGGAAUAGCUACGCUCAUAACGAUUGCAUUAGUCCUGCUAAGCAACAUUCAUAGCAUAUUCGUCAUUAAUCUCUGGAUGAUCAUAAUCCUUUUUGCAUUGCUAGUUGCAAUGAUAUGCUCCCCGAUUCUAAUAAUACUAGGGAUUGUUACUCUUAUCAGGCGAUACAACAGAAAGAAAUCUCAAGAUCCUGAUAGUACAGACAUUGAGCAAUAUCCACUGACUUCAAAAUAAAAAAAACAUAAUUUUUAUUUUUAGUAUUCCUGCUUAGCUUUAUUACACAAUAUUAAUAACUCUUUAGUGUUAGUUAAAAGUGUUUUAAAAGUUUCUAUCAAUUCGUCAUA